AUGGAACAUGAAUGGAACACCACCGAGAUCCCAUCUAGGAAUAUAAGCAAUUCAGAGAAUCACUUUACUUUCCACCAGCAGGGAGGAAAUCAAUCAACCACUAUAGAAUUUAUCCUUCUGGGAUUUGGCAAUCUGCUUGAACUGAGAAUAGUCCUCUUCAUAUUACUUCUUCCUAUCUAUACUUUGUCCAUUGCUGGAAAUCUCCUAAUUGUUUCACUGGUUGUAGUUGACCAGCAUCUUCAUGCUCCCAUGUAUUUCUUCCUUGUUAAUUUGUCUUGCUUGGAGAUCUAUUACAUUUCAACUGUCCUGCCCAGGAUGCUGGCUAGUUUUGUAACUGGAGAUCAAUCUAUAUCUGUCUAUGGAUGCAUCGUACAGUAUUUCUUCUUUGGAGUUUUUGUAGCCACUGAAUGCUAUCUUCUAGCAAUGAUGUCUUAUGAUCGGUAUUUAGCAAUAUGCAAACCAUUGCAUUAUACCAGUCUCAUGAAUAAUAGACUCUCCCUCCAGCUCGCCCUCACAUCUUGGAUGUGUGGCCUAUUGACUAACACUAUCAUAACUUCCUUUCUGCUGGAACUUACCUUUUGUGGACCCAAUGAAAUUGACCAUUUCUUUUGUGAUAUAUAUUCAGUAGCAAAUAUUUCAUGCAGCAAUACACGCUUAGUAAAGCUUGCUACAUCUAUUUUAUGCAUUAUUGGAACAGGCCUACCCUUUCUCUCAACAUUGGCCUCAUAUAUCUGCAUUCUUUAUACUGUUUUACAAAUUAAAUCUAAAACUGCUCAGCAGAAAGCAUUUUCCACAUGUUCGUCCCACCUCAUUGUGGUGACAAUUUUCUAUGUGUCAAUAUUCCUUGUCUAUGUAGUUCCUGAGACUGAAACACUAAAGGAACUACACAAGAUCUUUUCUAUAUUUUAUACUGUCCUGACUCCUAUGCUCAACCCUCUUAUCUACAGUUUGAGAAACAGAGAGGUGAAGGAAGCUCUCUUCAAAGCCAUCAGGAAAUACAGCAACAAAAUUUUGUAA